AUGUCAAAUCUUAUAUUAUCCAAUGUCUAUCAAUUGAAAUGUGCAGUACAAAAUUAUGAUUGGGGUAAGUUGGGUGAAGAAAGUAAAGUUGCUCAAUUUGCUGCAAGAACUCCCGAUGGGUUUAAAAUUGAUAAUUCGAAGCCUUAUGCAGAGCUUUGGAUGGGUACUCAUCCGAAUGGACCAAGUCUUCUUGUAAAAGAUCCAAACAUAUCGCUGAGAGAUACGAUUGCACAAAAUCCUUAUUUUUAUCUUUCUUCAAAAAUUUCCCAGCAAUAUGAUAAUGAUCUGCCAUUCUUGUUCAAAGUGUUGUCUGUGUCAAAAGCUCUCUCAAUUCAAGCGCAUCCUGAUAAGAAACUUGCUCGAGAACUAUUUGAAAGGUUUCCAAAAAUAUAUAAAGAUCCCAAUCAUAAACCUGAAAUGGCUGUAGCGAUCACGGCAUUCGAAGCCUUGUGCGGAUUUCGUUCAUUAAACGAAAUCGCAGAUUACCUGAAUGUUUAUCCUGAAUUCAGAGAGACGGUAAACGACGAAAUUGCUAACCGUUACAUCGAAACUGUUUCCCAAUUUCCUGAGGAUAUUGAGCGCAAUAAGGUCGCGCUCAAAGAAUUGUUUACAUGCCUGAUGACACAAGAUGCUAAUAUUAUUGCGAAUCAAGUCAAGAAAUUAGCUACGAGAUUAAAGGAAGAAAUCGAACCAUCAAAGUUAGAGUCAGGAUCCGUUUCGGAAUUGGUAGUACGUUUAAACCAACAGUUUCCUGGUGAUGUGGGAAUUUUUUGUGUCUUUUUCUUGAAUUAUGUAAAAUUAGAACCUGGACAAGCAAUUUUUUUAGGCGCCAAUGAACCGCACGCGUAUUUAUCUGGAGACUGUGUUGAAUGCAUGGCAUCCAGUGAUAAUGUCGUUCGCGCUGGUCUAACACCUAAAUUCAAAGAUGUGGAUGUCUUAGUAAACAUGUUAACUUAUCGCUACGGCAGCGCUGAAUCACAGAUUUUACAACCAGAAUCAUAUCAAACAUCAAAGCACUCGCUGCUCUAUAACCCACCGAUCGACGAAUUCUCUGUAAUUUUGACACAAUUGCAUGCUGGCGAUAUUGAAGAGCAUUUUGCUCCGAUUGAUGGACCUAGUAUUAUAAUUGUGACCGAAGGAUCCGGCAUUAUGAUAGUAGCUAAAGACUCGGAAAAAACUAUAGAAAUGGGAGAGGUCUAUUUUGUGGCUGCUGCUUCAAAAGUCGUAUUGAAAUCAAAGGAAAGAUUAAUAUGUUAUAGAGCAUUUUGUUCAUAA